CUGACCAAAGGGAAAAUGAAAAAAAAAGGGAAUGUGCCAACCUGGAGGUAAACCAACAGGUGCUGCUCAUCUAACAAAUCAAACUGACCCUUCCCGGUGCAACAGAUGUCUGCAGAAGGGUCAGUGCGGUUUAAGGGUCGCAAAGAUACAGGUUUGGUGCAGUGAAAAGCGUUAUGUCAGUGCGUAAAAGCAGAGUAAAUCCUGUCCACAUGUUGCCCGCACGGCUGGCUGGAAAGCGAAGUUCCUCUGGACUUUUUCUUUUCGUGGCGACGUAGGGGAAAUAGAAAUGUCAGCCUGUCAGCCACAUAAAACGCUCUCACAACGCAAAGAAUCGUCAUUCAUUGUGGACACUGAUGCCAAGAUGAAGUUAUUCAUUUUAAGCGUUGUCUGUGCAUUUAUACAAAUCGGUCAACAAAACUCUUCAAGCCAAUGGACUCUGCUGCCUAACAUUCUGGUGGUGGAGGUGGAUGGCACGAAGGGCUGGCUGCCUCUGAGCUGCCUGCAGCCCGAGGAGCUAAAGAGUCGAGGCAACGAGAGUCUGGGUAUUUUUUGGAUGAAGGAUGGCAAGAGGGAAGCACAGACAGGAAACACCUAUCAGGUGUGGCUGCAGGAAAGCUUAGGAGGGGGCAGCUACACCUGUUACAGUCAGGAUGGAUCACUCCUCAAUCACACCGAGGUCUUGAUCCAAGAGCAGGAAACUAUGAGGAGGAAGAUUCUUGUUAAAACUGACCACGAUUAUCUAAAGUGCUCUGCACAAAAUUACAAUGGAGAGUUUCACUGUUCCUGGACCUGGGACAGCAGUCGUGCCAGCAAAGUAGCUUUUAUCAAAGCUCAGCGUGCCUCUGAUGAUGACAAGAUCCAGUGCUCUAUGGACGCCAGCAGUCAGCAUUGGAACUGCUCCUCUAACCAGAGCAUGCUCAGCUGUUCAGUGGACAACAGCGGGAACAGCAUCACAUGUGUGGAUGAGCAGCACUGCCCCUAUGCUGAGGAGAGCAAGCAGAUCCACAUCACUGUCUAUGUGAAGAGCGAGUACUUCCUGGUGGAGAAUUACUCCAAGCGCUUUUACCUGUCAGAGAUCGUGAAACCUGACAAGGUGCAGAUCAACAGAGUGAACACGACCCUGAUAGAGUGGAGUUACCCAAGCUCCUGGAACAGUCCCUACUCUUACUUCCCCCUCACUUUUCAGGUUGCACAGUUCAAGAGGGAAUGUAAGAGGUGUGUUAACCCGUGCACUGACUCAAAACCCUCUAAGACCCUGACAGUCUACUCUACAGGAAUUUGUCAGUUUGAAGUUAAGCACAGGUCAAAAGCCGUCUGUGUCAGAGCCAAGGAUGCUCUCUGUAACUCACAGUGGAGCGAGUGGAGUCACCUGAGAUUAAAGAAAAGCAAGAGGAACAAAAAGAACAAACACUGACUUGAAGGCCACUGAUGCAGGAGCGGGAACAAUUUUGGUUAAGGAUCUUACCAAAGGACACAUCCACAUGUGACUGCAGGAGCUGGGGAUCAAACCCAUGACCCUGGAGUUCACAGACAGCCGACUACCUACAGGGCCUCUGGGCCACAUUUUCUUUAAUCUGAUAAAUGUGUAAAAGAAGCAUGAGAAUCCUAACAAAGGCUUCUGUUUGUUUAUUUGCUUUUAUUUAUUUUUUUCAAGUUUUUAUUAUGUGACCAUUCUUUGUCAUUAACAACAAAAAAUCAAUAAAUCUGUCUUAUAUCCUAAUAUGUGAUAAGUGAAUAUUUAUGUUUCCCUUUUUCAAUAAACUGUUUCAU